AUGUAUAUUAUACCUGAAUGUUGUAUAUGUAGAUUAAGUUUAAAAAAUAAUUUAUGUAUAGAAAAAAAUUGUGGUAAUAUAUUUCAUUAUGAAUGUAUGAAGAAGUGGAUUGCUUUUCAAAAAUCUUGUCCACUUUGCAAAUCAACCUGUUAUAAAAAAAAUUUGUUAUCUAUUCAUUAUGAGAUUAGUGAAGAAAACAAAAUACUAAUUGAUGAUAAUAUUAUAAAUAAGAGUAAAAAUGAAUUAUACGAAGAUUUAAAAAAAUAUGAAUCAGAAUUAAUUAAAAUUCAAAAUGAAAAUGAGAAGUAUUCAUUAGAAAUUUUAACCUUAACAAACAAAAAUAAAAUUUUAACUGAAACCAUAAGUAAAAAUAAUGCAAAAAUAAAUGAAGAAAAAUAUGAAAAAUUAAAAUUAAAAGAAUUAAAAGAUGAAUAUCUUAAAGAGAAAAUAAUUCUAACAACUAAAAUUGAAGAAUAUGAUAAAGAAUUAAAAAAGUAUAAGUUAAUUGAAAAGUAUCUGGAUGACUUAAAUAAGGAAGAUUUAAAUAAAAUAAAUUUAUUAUUUGGUUUUAAUGUAUUAUCAUUUGAUGAACAAAGAAAUGUAAUUUUAAAUUAUAUAAAAAAUAGUUUAAAUAUACAGAAAAAAAAUGAAUCAGUUAUUAAAGAAUUAAAAGAAAACAUUAGUGAAAAAGAUAAUGAAAUUAUAAGCUUAAAAGAAAAGUUAUAUAAAUAUAAACUUAAUAAUGAUAUUAUAGAUAGUAACGAAAAUAAUUUAUCAAAUGAUAAAAAUGACUCAAAAUCAAUCAAAAUUAAAAAUAAAACAAUUAGAAGAGUUGCAACAUUAGAAUCUAGAAAUAAAAAUAAUAGAAAUAAUAAUCUUUCUUUUUAUUCUAAAUCAAAAACAAGCGAUAAGACAAUUAAUAAUAAUUUUGAUUUUAUCAGUUUUAUUGAUAAAAAAAUAAAUAGUUCAAAUAGUCCGGAGAAAAUUAAUUUAACUCCGAAAAAAAUGAAAUUUCAUUCUAUUGAAGUAGAUCUGCUUAGAAAUAAAUCAAUUGAUAAAAUUUUUAAUAAUCAUAUUGAUAAAUAUGAUGAUAAAACUGAAGAAACAUUUAAAAAAUACUCAAAAGAAAUAGAAGAAAAUCAUAUAGAUAAUUCAGAGAGAACCACCAAAUUGAUAGCAAGUUCUCCUUCAUUAAAAACUUUUAAUAACUUUAAAAUCACUAAAAGUAGAAAGAGAAAAUCUUUAAAUCUACAAUCAACUAAAAUUACUGAUUUUUUUAGAAGAAUAUAG